AUGGGUUUAUGUAAGGAACUUCCCGAGGACAUCAAGGAGGUGGACGUGAUCAUCGCCGGAGGUGGCACAGCGGCCUGCAUCGUUGCCGGACGUCUCGCCGAGGCUGAUCCCGGACUUUCAAUCCUGGUCAUCGAGGGUGGCGCGAACAAUUACAACGAGCCCAGCGUCGUCCAGCCGGCGCAGUUCCUCACCCACAUCGCUCCAGGCUCCACCUCGGCCAUCUUCUACAAGGCUGUCAAGUCGAGCUACCUGGCCGACAGGGAGUGUAUUGUCCCAUCCGGGGGCAUCUUGGGAGGAGGUUCAUCGAUCAACUUUAUGAUGUACACCCGGGCCCAACUGGAAGACUUCGACUCGUGGAAGACGCCGGGCUGGACAGCUGACGAGGUAUUGCCAUACCUCAAGAAGCUCGAAACCUACCACGGCCCAGGCUCCCCCUCGCACCACGGUGCUUCGGGCCCGAUCCACGUCUCAGACAGCACGAUGCGCGUCAAGCGCGUCGAGGAGGAGUGGCUGCGCGCCGCGCGCACGGUCGGCUACCCCGAGAUCAGCGACCUGCAGAGCCUCGACACGAACAACGGCUUCCAGCGCUGGCUGCGGUACGCGUCGCCGGAUGGCAAGCGGUCCGAUACGGCGCAUGCGUACUUGCAUCCGCGGCUGAAUGAUGGGGGACAUCCGAAUUUGCAUGUUUUGGUCGAGGCGAAGGUCGUGAGGGUUUUGUUUGAGGAUGGUGAUGGUGAUGAUGCCGGUGGGAGCGGGAAGCGGGCUUGUGGUGUCGAGUACACGCCGAGCGCAGCGUUUACUUCGCGUCUUGACGGCGCGCCGGCGCCGAAGUUGCAAGUGAGGGCACGUCGACUGGUCGUAGUAGCGUGCGGGGCGUGCGGAACGCCGCUGGUGCUGGAACGCUCGGGGGUGGGUAACCCGGCGAUCUUGCAGAAAGCCGGCGUGCCGGUCGUCACGGACCUACCGGGCGUGGGGCACGAUUACCAGGACCAUCAUCUGAUCCUGUAUCCGUACAAGACCUCGCUGAAGCCCGAGGAGACACUGGAUGACUUCUACCUCGGGGCAACGAGCUUUGAGGAGGCGGCGGAGAAGAAUGAUCCCCGCAUAGGGUGGAACACGUGCGAUAUCGCUUCCAAGUUGAGGCCGACCGAUGCUGAGGUCGCGGCGAUGGGGCCGGAGUUCCAGGAUGCGUGGGAUAUGGACUUCAGGGAUCAGCCGAAUAGGCCUAUGAUGUCGAUGGGGCUCUUGAAUGCAUUCGUCGGCGACGCGUCAACCGUUGACCCUGGCCAAUAUGUCUCCGUAUGCAGCUUCACCACGUACCCCUAUUCCCGCGGCCACAUCCACAUCACAGGGCCCAAAGUCGAAGACGAGCUCGACUUCAACGUGGGUUUCUUCAGCGACCCGCACGAUCUCGAUGUCAAGAAGCAGAUCUGGGCAUACAAGAAGGGCCGCGAGAUCAUCCGCCGCACGUGGUUCUACCGCGGUGAGGUACCGGUGUACCACCCACCGUUCUUGUCCAGCUCGAAGGCUGGGGUCGUGUCUGUUGACCGGGACUUAGAGGGCGCCUAUGAUGGAGAGGCAACAGGAGAUACCGAGGCAAAGGGCCAGGGUGGCCAGGAGAUCGAGAACUUCGAGUACUCCCCUGAAGAUGACAAGGUCAUCGAGCAGUUCAUCCGCAUGAACAUCGAUACGACAUGGCACUCGCUAGGAACCGCCAAGAUGGCGCCGCGAGAAGAAAUGGGUGUCGUGGAUAAAGACCUCAAUGUGUACGGGGCCAGGGGGCUGAAGGUUGCGGAUCUGAGCAUUGCACCGGAGAAUGUGGGCGCCAAUACGAAUAAUACGGCGCUGAUGAUUGGGGAGAAGGCUGCGGAUAUCAUCAUCAAGGAGCUGGGGCUAGGCCUGCCGGUGUAG